AUGUCAACGCAAUGUGAUCCAGUGGCCGUGGCCACCCAGCAACCGGUCCCACAGAUAUUCGCCAAAGCUGUCGGUGCAGCAGCAGUGCCGUCACUCAUCCAUCAACGCAAACGGUUUAGGCUACCUUCGGUGUUGAUGCGCUCUGGAACUUCUAGGGGUCUUUUUAUCCAUCGACAUCACCUUCCGCCAUCGCAGGCUGAAUGGGGUUCCAUCCUUAUCGGCGCUUUGGGUUCUAGAAACGAUGAUCCUCGCCAGCUUGAGGGAGUUGGGGGUGCCACGUCAACUACGUCAAAGGCUGUGGUUGUUUCAAAGUCUUAUAAACCAGGCAUUGAUGUUGAAUAUACGUUUGCGCAGAUCACGGUUGGCCAGGAAAGAGUUGACAUGACCGGAAAUUGUGGUAAUAUGGCCUCUGGAAUUGCGGCUUUUGCACUGGAAGAGGGUCUAGUUACUGCAAAACCGGGCGAAUCAGAGAUAUCGGUCCGAAUAUUUAAUACAAACACACGGACUGUCCUGGUGGAAACGAUUCAAGUCGAUAUCGACGGGCACUUUCUUGAAGAUGGAAAUUAUAGAAUUAGCGGCGUCAAAGGUACCGGAAGCAGCAUCAAAGUAUCAUUUUUGAAUCCCGGAGGAAGUAUGACUGGGAAAACAUUCCCGACAGAAAACCGUCAGGAUGAUAUUAUGGUGCAUGCCAACAGUCUUCCGGCACCCUUUGUUGUUAAAGCAACGCUGAUUGACGUAUCCAACCCUUUUAUUUUUGUGGAUGCGUCUUCCUUGCCUCCUGAUUUCCACGCUGCUGGACCAGAUGCAGAUAUAUCACUUGAUAUAAUCGAAGCCAUCCGACGACAAGGGGCAGUCGAAUACGGUCUUGCUAGCGAUGUCCAAGAUGCUGGUCUUAGAAGAGGCACUCCAAAAAUUGCACUCGUGUCAAGACUUAUGGCUUCGUCGAUGCAAACUACGAAAAUACCAGAUAUUUCUGUCCUGGCCUACAGUAUGGGCAAGGUUCACCCGAGUGUCCAGCUCACUGGAGCCGUGUGUCUCGGAGCUGCUGCAUGUCUUGAGGGGACUGUUGUCUCAGAGCUGAUGACAGAAAAUCCAAAACCAUCAACAAAGGACAUUUUUGAAUUGGCAAGUCAGCAAAAUCAAAGAAACAAGCCGGGACGCAGUGUAGUUAUCGGUCACAAUAGCGGUAUUAUUGACGUCGACGUUGAUGUGACUGCGGAUGAUGAAGUGCGGAGUGUGACAGUUUUUCGAACAGCUCGGAGAUUAUUUGAGGGCACUAUUAUUGUUCCAGUAUAG